GCGAGAGGUAUGGCUGGCGCACUCGGUCGGAGCGGCUUGCGAAAGCUCCAUGUGUAUUGUGACGAGGAUCAUACUGCAUGACGCGUUCGGGAGGGUCCCGCCCUUGUGCAGUGCAGGACCGAUGCGCUCGACAGCAUCUCGUCGCCAUCGCUCCUCUGCACAUUUCGAUGUGAUGGAGACGGGGUACGACUUCAUUCUCGAUACUCCGUGGUCUCGUACCACUGCGACACCACGCCCCGUUCCUCAUCCCCCGGAGCCUUCCGUGCCCACACCAUCUCCUACUAUCACCGUCACCUCGCCUCGGCAGUUCGCCCACUUCAUCCGACAGGACGGCGUCACCUUCUUUACGGUGAACGUUACGGAUCUUUUGCACUAUGAUCCACCCUGUCCAGACGUCGAGCUCAUCGCUCUGGAGCCAGAUCCUCCUUCUAUCUCCAUGACUUCCAUCUCUACUUCCCUGCCUCCGCCGUUCGUCGAGAACAUCCCGCUGUCAUGUGCCGACACUAACGUUGAGGAACUCGCACGCUAUACGACAGACCUGGAGCCCGCAGUUUGUGACCUCAUUCGAGAGUACCACGACGUUUUCCCAUCGUCGUUCUGCUACGCCGACAUCCCACCGAUGCGCAACGUCAAGCACUCCAUCCAUCUUGUGCCUGACUAUCAUGUUCACCACCAGACACCUUACAGACUCUCGAUCCCCGAGGACACUGAACUCAAGCGUCAUCUUGAGGAGAUCCUGAGAUCGGGUUUCAUUAAACCAAGCAACUCCCCGUGGGGUGCACCCGUCCUCUUUGCUCGCAAAGCGGAUGAAACUCUUCGUCUCUGCAUCAAUUCUCGUGGCCUCAACCACUACACGGUUAAGAACAGUUACCUCAUGCCUCGUUCUGACGAGCUGUUCGACCGCCUAGCAGGCAACCGCUUUUUUACGAAGAUUGAUCUUCGUAGCGGUUACCAUCAGAUCCGCGUCGCUGCAGCGGACCAGCCGAAGACAGCGUUUCGAUCAUGCUUCGGCCACUAUGAGUUUACGGUGAUGCCAUUCCGCCUCACCAAUGCACCCGCUACCUUCCAGAGGGCGAUGAACGACAUCUUACGGGACAUUCUGGAGCAGUACGUCCUCGUUUACCUCGAUGAUAUCUUGAUCUACAGUCGUACCCUUGAGCAGCAUCUCAAACACCUCCAUGACGUUCUUGACCGCUUGCGCAGGCAUGGAUUCUAUGCCAAGCUAAGCAAGUGCCGCUUUGCCCAGCACAAAAUGAAUUUCCUAGGACACUACGUGUCUGACCAGGGUCUCCACAUGGAGGACACGAAGAUCACUGCUAUUGCAGAGUGGCCCGUCCCCACAUCCUCCAAGCAGUUUCGCAGCUUCCUAGGCCUCACUAACUACUAUAGUAAUUUCAUCCAGGGAUACACUAGCCAUUUUGCUCGCUGGUGUCCUUAUCCGCCACGGAGUAACAAUUACGCCGGUUCUCUGAGAACGGACGGGUAUGUGGCACCUAGACCUGCGGGCAAUGAUGCCCAGAUGAGAAACGAUGGUUUUGUUCAUGGGAGACCGAUCCUCCCUCCUCCUCCUGUUCAGACACCUGUUCAACCUGCUGCUGCUCCACCUCAUCCACCCCCGCUCCUACAUGCUCCACCAGCUACCGCUGGCGCUAUUGUUCCGUAUCAACCUCAGCAGCAAGCAAUUGUUCCGUAUCAACCUCAGCAGCAAGCAAUUGUUCCUUUCCAGCAGCCUCCACCACGUGGGGGUUCGAACGGUAAUGACAGCGCGACUGGAAUAGCAGGCCACGAGAUGGUGAAGGCGAAGGAUUAAUGAUUCUACGGGAGAUUUGGAACGAAAGGAGAGAAGAACGAGAGAGGAGAUGUGAGGAAGAGGAUAAAAGAGCAAGAGAGGA